AUGGCGCCGAAAACGCGACGAAAAGUAUACAGCGAUUCCCUUCAGCACACAUUUCCCACCCAUGCUUUCUGGGAGCCUGAGACAAGUGCCAACAUUUGGAUUGGCGAUGUCGGCUACAUCGAUCACGAUGGCAAUUGGCAAAGAUUACGCAGGCAUACUAUUCAGAAUGUGACAACCGAUCAACAUGACUGGGGUGUCGUGCAUUCUGAGAACGUCAAGAAAAGAAGCGUGCAAGGCAAGGCCGCCUUGAAAGCACCAGAUGCGCCUGCUGGAGCACAGGCUCAUACCAGGUACACAUCCGAUAGUCAAUUUGGAGCGAUGCUGGUCACUCAAGGCCCUGUCAGGCGCCACCAGUGUGGAAAGGAAUCCGAUGCUCGAAAUCAUGUGAUGAACCACCGGAAGGAACUAGCCUGCAACUUCCCAGAUGUGAUCGAAUAUGGCGUUUGCGUCGUUACUAAAAUAUGGACAUCGCGUAAAGCAUCGACGACAGCCUGGUCUUCCGGCUCCAAGACGAAAGCAGUAGCAUUUGAUGUGACGGUAUUCGACGUGGGAACGAUGGGUGGAGGCGUGCAGCGAGAGAUUGUACAACAUGUUGGUCCUGACUUUCGUUACUGGAAGGGAAGCGCACAAGACUCAUGCAUACUGGGAUUUGGGGGCCUCAAGUUCAGAUACCACAAAUUGAUCUGUGGAAUACUCGUGUUCUCUGAGCUCGAUCCAGAAAAUGACAGGACCAAAUGGCGUACGCUACGGAUGUUCCGCAAACAAUCGAACAGAUCCGAAGGUGAUUUCAAAGACCUUCCUGUAUCGGAUAAGCAGUGUUCAGCCUCUUCUAGCGAGACCCUAGUGGAAAGUGUGUCUCCACGGACUGGCCAAGCUAGGAAAAUCUCGAAGCUGGAAGAGCUGGAAGAGCUCAGUAUCAAGGAAGUCCAAGACCUCCAAGAGAAAGCCAAGAACGACGACAAAGCCCAACAUUCCUACCUUGUUGAAGAUGGACUCGUAUUCUGGGUCCAGGCGGUAGUAGACCAUGUGCAACGAUUUGGACCACCUCCGCCCGAUAAUGACCCCGCCUCAAUGGAUCGCCACACAGAAAGUCGUGCAAAAUUCAACGGCCCGAUAGAUCAGAUGCGUGGUCUCGGUCUCGCGUCACAGCCACAGUCGGAGCGCUCGUUCAACAAACAGAAUCCUUCUGUGAAUUUCUCGAGACAUUAUACUCCCAUCACUAAGCACGAGCCCUACAAGAGCUCCAAGUAUGAAAUGGGCUACUCCAGCCUGCCGAGGGGGAAUGCGAGACACGAAGUUGGAUCUCUGAGAACGACCAGACACAUCGACAGCCAUCAAAGUGACGUUGGCAACAGGAAUGACAUCGACGGCUCGGUCAACCCACGGCACGAUUCCAAUCUCAUAUCUCAGCGGCGGUCACAGCGCUCGACGAACAAGCAAAAUAUCGCCCGCGAGGCGAAUAAGAGCUCCGAACAUAGAACAAAAGACCCCAGCAAUCCCAGACACCCGACCAGAAACUCAAGACACGACGACAGUACCCCAGAGCGACAAAAUAUGCGGACAGCCAUUACAGUGACGAUGAAACCAGCGACAGUACCGACGCUACUGACGAUGGUACCGAGAGCGACGAUGGACCGGUCCGUGUGUUAG